CUCUGUCGGUGGAUAGUUUAGUCAAGUUUCUGAGUUGGUGAAGUAUUGCCGCGUUGUUGUAUCCGCGGGCGCGUUUGUUUACUUUUGUAAAGGACUUGAAUAACUAUGGAACUUACAUAGACAGGUUGUUUUCAAGUGAUGUGAUUGAAGCAGUGUUUUAAUUGGUACUGUUGUAUUUUAAUUCGUUAAAAUGGAGAUGAGGCGAUUAUUUUGGACUGUAUUUUUGGGAGUUUUAUGCAGAGCGGAGGCGGGUAUGAUUGGUGAUCAGUGCGACUGGACUGGCAGCGGCCUAACAUCAACGACGGAGCGUGGAGUGACACCUGUGUACCUGCGAUGCAGAGAAGGCACCAUCUCAUGGAUGUACCCUCGAGGAGCCCUACGCCUCAUCUUACGACCUCCUCUACCUGGCGACGAGAAGGAUUUCAAGAUCUGCAUCAGGGUCAUAAGGCGACCAGACCCGCCUGAUCUAUUCCAUACACUGCGACUUAAUGAUACAGAAGUCGCUGAGCGGUUCCCUGCGCGUCUAUUUGUGGAAGGCGCGCGAAGAUUAGUUCCUUUGUAUGCGCCGAAUGAUGGCGAUCCAAGGGAACUGCGGUGCUUCCGAGGCAGACACGGAGGUGCUGCGAUAUAUGUGGAAGCCGAACCAGAAGACGGUCCUCAAAGGAGAGAAGCCACCUUCAAGUAUGAAGCGCGGCCCCUAGUCCGGAGGCACUACGACCCAAACACUGCAGAUUGCAGACCUUGCUCAGAUUCGGAACUAGAGCUCGCCUUCUGCACCAGCGACCUCGUAUCGCGAGGAGUGAUCGUGAUGAGUGAACCCCGUGAGGACCUGGACACUACGCAGCUCACUCUACGAGUCACUAAGCUCAUCCGAGCCACCUCCGAAGCAGAGAGCAAAGACAAGCCUGACUUGGAAGACGAUGAAUAUUAUAGAUACGACGUAGACAACACACUAGAGCGCACUACACACCGCAACCAUAGAAGGCGGAAAGUGCGCAGCUUACACGCGCAUGUGCACGUUUCAUCCGUGUGCGGGGCGUCUGCGGGCGCUGGAGAGUUUCUCAUCAUGGCGAGACGACGAUUGGGAAGGUACUCCCUAGUCUGCGCUCCUAGGAUAGAAGACUGGAUGGAACUUGUCAAAAGAAGAAACGCUGACGGCACAGCCUACUGCUUGCUACAGCAUUAGUCGUUGGGAAAUCAAGUGUUGUGAUUGGUUAAAAUCAGUGAUGACUUUGAUGCGAUUGGUCGCUUUAAUGGACUUGGAUGUAAAUUGUUGGUUUGUUAGAUAUGUCUCGAAUGAAACAGUGAAGCAUUGUUUUGUUCGAAUCCUAUAUAGAUGUUAGUUUAUUAUGUAACUGCUUGCCAUACAAUCAGCUUGCGUUCUAAUGCAAUAUUGUACAAAAAAAUCUAAUCUUUAUUUAUGUAUCAAAUGUUUAUAUUUACUGUAAAUGUUGUAUUGUAGAUUUUUAAAGGGAAUGUGGUCCAGAGUGCCAAAAUAUAUAAGAUCUUCAGUUAGAUGUAAGGUCGAUCUCAACUGUGUACAUAUUAUGUUUAAGUGGGAUUAAGAAAGCCAUAUUAAUUAAGUUCCGUAAUUAUAAACGUAAUAUAUUGCAGUUUAAGUGUGAUUCAGAACAGAUUUAUUUUUAUUUUUUUAAUAUAAAUAUGCUGACUUGGUGCCACUCUGUUGUCUGAUUAAAGGUGCUUUGAAACGGGUAAUAUUUUUAAAAUAUUUGAGGGCGAUUCUAUAGUCGACAAUAUACAUUGACUUGCAAUAUUGCACACAUUGACUUGCAAUAUUGCACACAUUGACUUUCAACAUUGCACACAUUGACUUGCAAUAUUGCACAUAUUGACUUUCAACAUUGCACACAUUGACUUGCAAUAUUGCACAUAUUGACUUUCAACAUUGCACACAUUGACUUGCAAUAUUGCACAUAUUGACUUUCAACAUUGCACACAUUGACUUGCAAUAUUGCACAUAUUGACUUUCAACAUUGCACACAUUGACUUGCAAUAUUGCACAUAUUGACUUUCAACAUUGCACACAUUGACUUGCAAUAUUGCACAUAUUGACUUUCAAUACGGCACAUAUUGACUUGCAAUAUUGCACACAUUGACUUGCAAUAUUGUGCAUAUUGCCUUGCAAUAUUGUGCCAUUCAUUCAAACAUUUUACUAUCGUUUAUGGCCAGCAUUACAGCUAGAUAUUUCAGAAAAAUAUUGCCUUUUUAAAAGCACCUUGAAAGGCAAACUGGAAUUGUUUUAAAAUAUACUUAUAACAUCUAUAAAGAUUCUAUUGUCAGUUGAAGAAACAAUGCAUAUCAAGCUACUCCAAGCUGUUUAGAUUUUGAAACUUUUACCUUUGAAAUAAAGUCGAAAAUCUAUUGCAAAACUUGAUAGCUUGAAGUGCAUCAUCCGUAUAUAGAGAAAAUUAUUCUACAUAGUUAAUAAAAUGUCUUCUUUAGCGCUUCCAUAAAUGAGACCUAUCUAUAUUUUUAUAUAGCUUUUAUAACGGACAAAUAUAAAUACCAGCCUAUGUGAAUAGUUUAGUAAUAUAUUUUGUACAAACAUUUUAAGUUUAGUUGUCAACAUGUGAUAUAGUUUACAACGAUUAUGUUAAAUGCCUAUUGUAUAUACGAGAAUAUAACAAUACAUAGUGUUUAUAAUAUACAUAACUACAUAUUAUUUUAUGUAAUACAAGAAAAAGCUGUUGAAUAAAAUAGUUCAAAAAUUA